AGUGCCUAGGGGAGACAGACAGCUUGGAGACUUUGCGGUGCGAAGCACUUGAGAGCGAUUUCACCGGGAAAGACCCUGACCCCGCGUGUCGCAUGGUGGUGCCAUGAUUGCAUCCCUCUCUCGACAGCUGCAAGGUGCACGCCUGGACUCGAGAACGAGGAUAGCAUCCUCGAGCUCGAGAUCUUUGCAGCGAGAUUCACAUGCUGGCUUCGAUGAUCGCCUUGUGACUCUCACGCAGAGGCCGAUGACCAGACAUGCUCUGGGGGCUAGUGCUGUGGGUUUCUGGCUUCUCAUACCACUAUCCUGCAUGCUUGUCGACAGACGCUUUCAGGUUUCUUUGAUGCUGAUUCUUUGGUCUAUGAUGGCCUUUUGCCUGAUACUGUGCGGCUCUGCCAAGUGCUCUAGUCCUGAACACAUGCAGGGUGAAAGAAAGAGGCCGCCGCGUUUAUCGGAGGUUUGGCCUGGUACCUAUCAGGAGACAAAGAUGCUUCUGUUCCUCUUGGGCAUUUGCAGCAGCCUAGCGUGCGUGAUUUCUCUGACAAAAGGUGGCGCUUUGAUGCUGUCCUUGCUGAGGUCACCCAGUCAGGAUGGCUGCUCAGUGGCGGAGCUCAAGGGCUUCUUCUCCAGGGGGCUUAGUGCUUUUCGCUGUGAGGAUGGCAACUUGGAUUCCAAGCACGAAGGCACCGUUCUUCUCAGACAUGGCUGGAGCUACGAUGCUGCCCAGGUCUACCGCAUGGCACCAGUGUAUCUUCGGGCAGCUUCCCAGGCUACCUCUUUACCUGUGGCUUGGGCUGUCGCCAAGGAUGGGCCCUUGGCAAGCAGUAGCUGUGGAUCUGGCCUUUGCGGGCUCUUUUUGCGGCCGUCUGCAGAUGAGGCGGCUUUGCUGGGCAAGUUGGCCAAGGAGAUGUCCCACACCUUGGGCUUUUCGAAGCAGGACGGCUUUCAUCUGCAAUCCAUGCCGCUGGUGGCGCUGACAGAUCCCAGUGAUCCUUUUGGCUCGAAGCGGAUGCUGUCCUGGGCUGUCCUCUUCUAUUUCCUUGCGCUUCUGACGUUGCUAGCCUUCCAGCUGGAAGUGAGCUAUGCGAAAAACAAUGAUUACGAACCCUUGGCCACCAAGUCUCUGGACACUGACACGGAAGGGCAUGGCUGACGGGACUGUGCGAUCCUUUGCAAGCUUGCCGCAGCCAGAAUUGGACAUGCUCGAAGUUGUAACGUGAUUUGCAAAAGGCAAGUGCGACACAACAUAUGAAACAAUACGCUCCAAGCGACAAGCUGAUGGUUCAAGCAAAUCACAGGCCUGUGAUUUGUUUGGGAUCUUUUCUGCACUCAACUUCCCGCUUGUGGUCUUUCCACAGUGCUACCUGAGUGUGGCAAGUGAACAUAAUGAACCAAUUGGACUGGCAAAGUUCCACUGCCAAUUGGCCCAAAACUCAGAAUGGCCUGAAUUCUGAGCGAGACACCGCAUGACACUUGCGAAGCUUCUGAAGGGCUUCUUUUGCCCCCCCGCACAACCGCGGCCGUACGGUGGAGCAUGAUGUUGAACACCUUCAUGCUGCCACUCUCUUUUUGGUCAAAGUCCUCCACCGGGGACCCGCUCCAGAGAUGUCAGCUACAGUUUUAAAGCGCUUUCUACUGCAGACGUUGGCGUAUGAUGGGACGAAUUGCAGGGUGAGCGGCUGGCGAUCAAGACGCCCGCGCAACAAGGCGCAACAAGCGCCCAAGAGUGAGAAAGACUGCAUCGUUUGCUGCUAACUCGGCAGCGACGAUGCACGAGCUGUGGCAUUUUCACCAAAAAGUGGUGGAUUUCUCGACAGUUCCAGGCAGAGCUGCU